CGAGACCAUAGACAACUUGGUCGUGUUGUUGUUGAACUAAUUUAACAUUUCUAAGUGUAAACACAAGUGUGUAGGUACGAUUUCUUGCUGGUUUAACAGCCAUAAAGGUUAGAGACCUGAUCACCCGCAAGAAAUAGAUCAUGUGUGGACGAACCGCCUGUACAUUGGAUCCUAAAAAUAUCUGCAAGAUCUGUAGAUACAAAGGAAAAGACGACACAUGGAAAGAGCCUGCUUGGAAAGAUGCACCUAAUGGUGGAGAAUAUAAUGCUUCUUACAACAUAGCCCCAACCUGUUAUACCCCGGUGUUGGUAUCUGGCAAACAUUUUCAAGUGAAGUCGGCUGAACCAGUGCUGGAGCGAAUUGUGAUGCCAAUGUGCUGGGGUCUGGUGCCAUCGUGGCACAAGGGUGACCCAAAGACUGUUGGCCUCAGCCUGAACAACUGCAGAAGCGAAAGCAUGCUUCAGAAACCGUCAUUUCGCAAUCCCCUGCAGAAAGGUCGACGAUGUGUCGUGCUGGCAGACGGAUUCUACGAGUGGAAAAGGGACACAACCCCCAAGCAGCCUUACUUUGUUUACUUCAAAGUAAAUUCUCCCGAGUCUUUCUGUGCUACAGAAAAGUCCACAACAGAUGAUAUCAGUCGUAUUGAAAUGAAACUAGCAGAAGUAGAAGAUGAGAAAGAGGAACCUUUACAGUCAGGCAAGAACGAGGGCCAGCCAGCAGAGUUAGUGAAUAUUAAAGUGGAACCAUCACUGUCGGAAAAACUUAAAGAGGAAACGUCACGGUUAGAAAACGUUGAACAGAAUCCGCCACAUUCCGAAAACAUCGAAGAAGAACGAACACAAUUAAAAAACGUGAAACAGGAGUCACCACAAUCAAAUAAGGUUAAGAAGGAAGCGACAGAGUCGGUAAACAUUAAACAGGAACCGCCACAGUCAGAAAAGUCGGAGGGAGAACAGACGGACAAGCAAAUGUACGAACGCGUGAAAUCUGACCCGGAAAAAUGUUGUGGCGAACGACGACGCCUCCUCACAAUGGCCGGUGUGUUUGACGUAUGGCAUCCUCCCAAUGGAGGCGACCCACUGUACACGUACAGCGUGAUAACUGUAGAUUCACCGCCAAGGUUCCGGAACAUUCAUCAUCGAAUCCCGGCGAUACUAAGCAGUGAGGAAGAGGUUGAAGCGUGGCUGGACUUCAGUAGCGUGCCUGCUAGCAAGGCGGCAGGGUUGUGCCGAUCCACUGACGAGAUGUUGGCCUGGCACCGAGUAACCACAGUAGUGAACAAUUCAAGGAACAACUCGUCCGAGUGUGUGCAGCCGUUGGGAAUGGCGGAGGAAAAAGCCAAACGCGUUCCUGGCCGUCUGGAAUCUUGGCUCGCAAAGGCGAAACCGCAAGGCCAGGCAAGGGAAGGUCAGACGUCACCCAGUCGGGGGGUAAAGAAACAGCAAUCGUCUACAACGCCUCUCAUGUCUUGGCUGCAGAAAGGUAAAAGGAAGUGUGAAGCUGAUACAGACGUCGCGACCGUUAGUGCUGCAGAGAAGAAACCCAAGUUAGAGUAGCGUGCUGCGUUUUAUAUGUGAGCAGCAUCAAUAUGCAUCAUAGAGUUCAUUCACAGGUCAGCCGUUGUGCUUCAUAUGAUGGCAUUUUUCAAUCCUCUGUGUUUUUUUCUUUAGUACACUACUCGCAGUUUAAAAAUUGUUCUAUGCCAACAAUUGUGGGUUUUUUCGAUCAUUGGGUUAUCACACUUUCCAGCUUAUAUAGCAGCAACUUAUUUUGCAUCAUCCUCCCUAAAUGUAUUGUGCUCUAUUAGUAAAUAAAUAACAUGUAGGGUAAUAUCUAAAUUCUGUAUGUUAUCAGGGCCGUAGCCU